UAAACAAGUCGGGAUCUGGCGAUGUAUCGUAAUGAAAUUACGUCUUUUUACGAUCGACGAGGGGUCGACAGUCGAUCAAAACUAUACGAACUAUGGAUACUUUAUAAUGGAUGCCUCAAUGGACUUCACGUUUAAUGGUAUGACCUAGCGUACGUUUUGCUUUGUAAAUGUGAAAUUAAUGUGCUGACUGUUUUCCCAAGAAAUUUCAUCUCCUUUUUUGUUUGCAUGUUUGAAUCGGAAAUACUAUAUUCUAGAGUAUUUUCAUGGUUCAUGUAUGAUUAGGCCUAUAGUCUGCAGAGCCGCCACAAUUAAAGAAUGAAAUCAAAUUCGUAAACUGACAACCAAGAUCAAACAAGAACUUUACAAAUGGCUUAUUGGAGAUCAAUGGAGGGAGUUUCAGUUUUAGAAUCAGACUUGAAUAAUGUCAACGCUGUCGAACUCGAUAAUAGUGAAGUAUCAUUUGAACCUCCUCAAGAAAGUCCUCUCCAAACCUCAAAGGAGGCAAAACACCCCAGAAAGGUUGCUGCUGGUCGUGGGAUAGACCUCGGUCGGAAGAAACUGACCACUGUGGAGUCACAGCGUGUCCUGGCUGUACUGGAUGACAGUAUUGAACGGCUUGAAGUGGCCACACUGCUACCAUAUCUCACAGAGAAUCUGGAAAGAUAUAGUGAUGUGUUUGGAACUGAACUACUCGCAGCUUUAGAUGAGCAUUCCCAUCUCAAUAGAUCCUACACCAAUGUGUAUAACAGGUUGAACCCCAAGUCGCGAGCAUCAUCUCGUUUCAAAUCAUCAUCGGUGUCUCUGACGGGAAGUAUAAGUAGCUCGUCCAGGCUAAGCAGCAUUCAUGUAUCAGAUACAUAUGGAGAUAGAGUUGAGAUCCACUCAGCUGAAGAUGAGGAGCAAUUGAUGGAGUAUCUUUCCGUCUUAAAGAAAAAGAUGAGUUUCGCGACCCGUAACAUCCUCCGUCUCCUCUCAUUGAACCCGCCUGCUGUACGUGUAAUCAAAGCACGAUGGCAGGACCGCAGGGAUGAUCAGUCUAAUAACCUCAUCAAGAACAUGAAGGAGCUUCGAGGAUUCAUUCUUACAAGGUUGCUGACCACGCCCCUUGAGGAAAAAGAUGAACUAGAUUAUCUAUCUCUCAUAGAUGUUCGUGAGAGAAAGAAUGCUCAAAUAAUAAAGAAAUUAUCAGCGGAACUCGGAGCUGCUCAAGACUUCAAAGAUACUGAGAUCUCACGGCAAAAUGAAGAGAUUCGUCGUCUAAAGUCAGAUUUGAACCAGAUUGAAAAACUGAAUGAUGAUUUUAUACGCCGUACAAAGACCGAGGCUGAGAAACAACAGCAAGCUGACACCAAGAAUUGGGCGGGAAAACAAGACAAACUAACGGCAGACUUACAGUCACUUAAAGCUCAACUUUCUGCAAGCAUCACGGACCACAGAGAAAAAGAACUCACACUUAGAAAGAGAAAAUUCAAAAUUGAAACAGAACUAGAGAACUGGAUUCUGAAGUACGACACUGACGUGGGUGAUCGACAGCUUGAAUUUGAAGAUGCAGACGCUAUUUACACCGAAGAGAAGGCUCAACUGAACGAGCUUGAAGAGCGCUUCACCACCUUAGAGUCAGAAUACCUCCUUAUCAUUGAAGAACAUGACACAGCUCGCAAGAUCAAAGAUACGAAACUACUAGAAUUUGCAAGACAUGAUGCAGCUACUAAAUUCCAGAGACUUUGGAAAGAAUACAGACGUCGUAAAGCUCAAGCUCUCAAGGCUAAGAAGAAGAAAGGGAAGAAGAAAGGGGCAGAUAAGAAGAAAUAGUGUUUGCAACUCCGCUGGUAUGUAAGAAGAAAUAGUGUUUGCAACUCCGCUGCUAUGUAAGAAGAAAUAGUGUUUGCAACUCCGCUGCUAUGUAAGAAGAAAUAGUGUUUGCAACUCCGCUGCUAUGUGAGAAGAAAUAGUGUUUGCAACUCCGCUGCUAUGUGAAAAAAAAGGACAAACACCCAUGUUCGGGUUGUAAAUAACAGGGCCCAAUUUCAUAGAGCUGCUUAAGCAGAAAAUGUUGCUUAACAUUUUUCUGCUUAGCAGAAAUUAGCAGGAUACCAACCACAGUUGUACACGUGACAUAGUAGUUAGGCUGGCAACCUUAUUCUGGUAAGCAAAAUGUUGUUGAGCCAAACAACUUUGUCUGCCUAAGCAGCUCUAUGAAAUUGGUCCCAGGUUGGCAUCUCUUAUAAUUAACCGAAUUUUGUCGGUGUGUGUUGUGGGGGGGG